AUGUCGAGACCCAUUGUGGAGGCUGAAGUCGCCCUCUCACGGUGUGUUGAGGCGAUGCGUGAUGCAUUGCUUACUACAGUGAAGGACGCACUACCACAAUCGACAGGAUCACCAGAUACGACUAGUGCGGAAUGUGAUCUAGUUGACACCGCAGCACAGCGAUUAGAGUGGGAAUCGGGCGUAGAGCAGCAGCGUAUUGGUAGAAUUGUGGAUGAACUUGAUCGUCACUUUGCCGAGCUGGAACGUGCACUGACUGCACUCCCAGAUGUUCCUAUCGCGUUGUUGGAUCGUGAUAUUGCUUGGUUAAAUACUGAAGCAUCCUCUCUUGCGCAGGCAAUGAUAUCGACAUAUGAUGAGGCGGAAUCACUCGCCGCGAAACUUGAGGGUGAAAUUGUAACGCAGUCCGUGCCAUCAAUAUGA